UAUAAACAUACGUUGAUCAUCCGGAUGACCAUGAACUUAUCAAUACCAAUACUCAUGCAUUGUGGCAAAAGAAAAAUUCAGCAUAAACACGCUCCGUAUUCAGUAUUCAUCAAUGAUAUGGGUGAUAUCAUGCAUAAUGUUUACACUUUUGAAUGUAAAUGUGUUGUUUUUUUGUGUGUGUGUCAAUCUAUGCACCCACACGAUAAUUCAAUUCGUUGGAUACAGUAAACGAUUGUUCUUUUUGUUGUGCUAAUCCAUUUUAUACAUAUGGAUUUUCCUGGUAUUGACUGGAAUUUUUGAUCAAUGUUUAUUAAGUAUGAUUUGCAUAAUUCAUAUUGGAGAUAAGCUGCCAAUAGACCCCUCUAUUGGCCAUUCUAUUCGGAGCGCUUCAAUUUACGAAGUUGGAACAGAAGUACUCUCCGAAUCAGUCUGAGAGAGAGCGUAAAUCAUCUGAGUCUUAAUAGUACGUGGUCGAUACAGACUGGGCCGGCUCUAGUUGGUCACUCCCUGGUCAGAGUCUAUCUACCAAAAUUAGAUUACGUCACGCUCCCAAGUGGCCAGCCUGUAUGAGGGGAUAGUUCAAUUAGCCAGUCCGGUCCAAUGUUAGCCAGAACUGGCACCAUUAUCAGGAAGCAGAGACGAAGGUCAAGUACCACCAGCAAGGCCAGCAGUAGGCGGGAGUCGGCCACCACCCCGACACCCUCCAUGUGCCUGUCCCCAUCGCCCUCCCCAAGCUUCAGUGGCGGGCACUUCCUGUUCACGCAGCCGCCCCCGAACAGCUUCCCCUCGCCGUUCUCUCCAAGCCCAGAAUCCGCCCCUGUGGUGAAUGGCCACGCCAAGGGUGUCACGUUCAGCUUUGACGUCAAGAGCAUCAACUCUCACAUCAGCUCACACAUCAGCUCACACAUCAACUCACACUGCAAGCUGACUCCGCCCCCUUCGGAGAAGCCCAUGUACGAGAGUACUGUCAUCUGGACGGAAGUGGAAGACACGGACACACAUUACUCGGUGCUGGGCAGUCUGUGUGAGGCCAGCGUGGAGGCCAGGCAUCCGUGUGACUUUAUACACAGGUCUAUGUUUAUCAUAGGCGGCACAUGGCCAGUGACAGUUUUUACUUUGAUAUUAUUAGCACUUCCUUUAGUUAUGACAGCUAUAGGUGUAAAUUAUCUUCACGAGUGCCCGAGGGAGCCAAAGCUCCCUAUCUACCUGGUAGUGGGGGGCUGCUUUGGCAUCAUCAAGCUCAUCUUUCUACUCUGGAAGCAGAUCAAGCGGCAUCGCGAAGACGUCAUCGACCUGCACGACGACGACGACCUCCUGACCAUGACGCGGAUGACCAACAUGGCGCUCAACGUCUUCCUAUCCGUCUGGUUCAUCUUCGGCCACUACUGGCUGAUCAGGAUCUGGAAGCCGCACUUCAAGGCCCCGCUCCACGAGCCUAGGAACUGGUGCGACGAGACCGUCUUCUUCUUCACCUUCUGGCAGCUUGUCGUCUGCCACACCAUCCUGGCUCUGGUCCUCGUGACGGCCGUCAUCCUGUACUGCUGCUACGUCUGCGUCAAGUGCUUCGUCCACGACGACCGCUCCCACCCACGCCCGCUGGGCGACCAAGCCAGGGACACGGAGAGAUGACGUCAGACUUCCGCCAAGGCGAAACUUGUGCAACACGUUUAGCUGACGGCGGGAAAAUAAUCGGGAAUUUCCAAUUUUCCGAUUUACUUAUUUAAAAAAACAAACUAAAAACAAGGACUCAGACAUUGUUAUUCUGAAAAAAAAAAGAAAUGGACCAAAUAAUGAAACGUAACAACGGAAUUGAUAUAACAUGUUUAAUCCGUUUAUUUCAAUACUCGUAUUUUUAUAGUGAAACAUGUGCCUGGUAUUGACAUAUGUAGAGUAUUAAUCCUUCCCACGUAAGCCUUCAAUUUGUCAUUAAAAUCGCCCUCCGAUCCUUUAUCAUGUGUUGGAGAAAACCACGAUUCAUUUAUUUUUAAACGCUGUGCUAUUUUUAGUUCUUUAUUGCAUCAUCUCAUCGGCUUACAUGGCGCUUUAUUCAUUCUCUUUAUUCUUAUGACAAUGAUGCAUUUAGAGGCUCAAUUUUGAAUAUUCUUUGCGCUUGAAAAUGUUUUCAUUUUUGUGCUCUCCCUUUUUGCUAUUGCCAUACUGCAGAAAGAUAAAUCACUCACUUAAUGGACAAUAUCAGGCGAAGGUGACAAGGUGUUCAUCUAAUAUAUAAAGCAGAAUGUAAGGCGUAUCUAUAUAUGUAUGUAUGUAUGUAUGUCUCGCAUAGAAAUCAAAACCGUUUGACCAAUCUUGAUAAAACUUGGUAUAAAUGUUCCUUAGAUCAUGGCAAAGGCCGUAGUGUAUUUUCAAUGUCACCUCUCCCCCCCCCCCUCCAGAUGUCCCUACUGAUCACACAUUAACAUUCACACACUCACACACACACACACACACACAAAACAGUUUUUUUUUUCUUCAUGUAUUAAAACAAAAAUGUCCUUUCAAAACUAUUGCUUUAUAACGCCUCUUUUUUUUUAGCCAGCUUUGGGAAAGGGGUGGGGGUUGCUGAAGUGAGCGUUUAGAGUAAUUUCUGGAAAUUUAUUUGUAUUAUGCAUGUUUCUGUCACUCCCCACAUGUUGAGAACCGCUGCUUUAUUUAUUUUUUUUUCAAGAUUUUUCAAGGGUUUUAAGAUAAAUGAAAACAAUGUCAAGGAUGUUAAAACGAACUUGAAUGUUGCCAACUGCAAACGGAAGAACUUUAAAAAAAAAUAUUCUGCAGCGCUAUAAAAAUGCACUGAAUUAUCAUUUAACUUUUCAAAAAAUAUCUAGCUUCUCAACACGUCCUAGAUCCUGUACAUAUAAAUGUCAAGUUCCCCUUUCAGACCUUGCGUGCGAAUUAUAGGGCAGAUGGUGUAAAGGCCAUCUGUUUUUUGUGGCCCGCAGUUAAAGAGUGUGGCAUGUGGCCAACACAACGUCCAACCUCCUACACUUUCCCCCAACUAAUGUCAGAUACCCAUUAAAGCUGAGUGGACUCAGAAGCGCCCUUAUGAUUCCAAAAUUCAAAAAACCCAGUCUUUACCAAGAUUCGUACCGAGGACCCCCCGGUUUGGAAGCUAAGUGCUUUAGUUCUCAGCCACCUUUCCUCCUUCUGUACAUAUUACCUAAAUGCAUGACGCGUAGGACGUAAUCAUCUUCUUUUUUGAAGUAACGUCUGUAUUAUAUAAGAUAAGAUAAGAUAAGAUAAGAAAAAAGUCCAGAAGCAUUAUCCCGUUGGUCGUUAGAAAGGCUUUUAUCCAACAACCAGGCCUGGCCAUGAGGCUCUCCACCCCUGUCCUAUCUGAGGGCUCCCAGCGUUAGCGGCCAUUAUGACUGGGCAUGAGGGGCCGUACCACGUACAUGGCGCACCGUGCCUCUUUCCUUAGACCCACUCGCUACAAGUGGACGAAGGCAAUGCUAACCAUGGGGAGAUUGCCUCAUAUUCCUAUACUGUGACCGUCACUGUUCCGUGUAGGGACCGCCACUCCAGCUCCUGGUACUGAUGUGGAACGGCGUGGCGGACUUUUUGGAUUGGGACCCGGGCGUUUUUUCUCCAUCCCAACCCCAUGUGAGAGAAAAAAAAAGCUCACCCAGGGAAGCCCUGCCGGACCUGGUUCGCUACUCGUACCUAGCCUAUCUAGUUACACUACUAGACGUUUCCACGGAGGCGCCACGCUGAGGCGACGGGUAGCUGGAAUCCUCCGGUACAUAUUACCAGACUUCACGAAAUAUAGAUCAGUAGCUCAGGCGGAAAAAAAUACACUUAAAAUACACUGUACUUGAACAGCCUAUGCAAAUAUGUGCGUGUGUGUGUGUGUACACUACUACUCAGUAACAAAAUAGGUCAGCAAAAUGUGCAUACAAGAAAUAAUGCACACAACAGGACAAAAACCAAUCAGAGAGUUCAGUGUACCAGUAGACAUACAUAUACUCAGGCCGAAACACUACUGUCACGUUCGAUACUGUUACUCCCAAGCGUAGAACUCCACAAAGUAGGUAUUCGAUUAUUCUGUCAGAUAUCCAACUUCUGAUAGGCUACUGGCUAAAGUUAAUUCACUUGUCAUCUGCAUUUACUCAUCAGAUAGUAAAAAUAAAAGAUCUAUCAAGAUAGACCAUGCACACAACAAUAGUAACGGGCGACUACUCAAAUUCCUCAAGAAGGAUGGAAGAUGAAUGAAUAAUAAACAAUGAGAUGUCAAGCUAAUCUAGAUCUAAGUUUACUCAAAUAAAUCUAUACACCAAGAGCUAAUGAAUGCAACUAUCCCCUAAUAAAGUGUAUUUAGUAAAAAAUGUUAUUUUAUCGGCCAUUUUUAUCAAUAUUGUUUAUUGUCUAUUCUAACCCAUCUGGCAAUAGAAAGAAAAAAAAAACAUAAAAUAUAGAAGAGCUUUAAAAAAAAAAAUAUAGUUUAAUAUAAUUGACAAACAAUAUAUAGGCUUCUUAAUAUUGAUAGCAAUAGUAACAAUAGUUAUAAUAUUUAUUAUUUAAAAAAAAUACAUUUAUUUAAUAAUCCUAAUAUGAUUUCUGUAUUAUCCUAGAAUGAAUAGAAUUGUGUAUUUUAUCUUGGAUUAGAUUUAAUACCAGUAGAACUCUAAAUAAGAAUGCGGUGUUACUGAUUGUUAGCAUUUCCUUUCAUUGUUUUUUAUAUUGUGAUUUGUUUAUGCUAGAGGAGAAAUUAUAUUCAAAUCUAACAUUCGUAGCGUCACCCGCUCCCGAAUUUAAAAAAAAAACAAAAACAUUACUAACGAUUUACCAAAGUGAUCGCUGGUAAGUCUGGGUCUCAGCUAGUCUUACUUAUCACAUUUGUUUAGUCCCAGAGCUGCCGUUUGUAUGUCUUAUGUUAUAUUUGCUAAAACAUCCAGACCGAUAUUUCAAUUUACACCGAAAUUCUAAACUACGUUCAAUAUUGUGUAAAAAUUAAACUUAUAAAGGAAAUAAUCGGCUUGGUAAUAUUCAUGUGUUUUAAAAGACAAUCUAUAUGUAAAUACAUUUAGCGUUUUUCUAAAGUAUUUAUAGAGAUUGUGCGCGUGAGCUUAUAACGGAAAUGUUGUUUUUUUUAUAUUGUUGGGUAAUUCAAAAGCUUUUGACUAUUAUAAAUCAAGAUAAAUAAUACAUGUAAGCGUAACUAAUUUUAGAACAGUAAUAAUAAAUGUAAAGUUUCUGAACGCGUAAAUUUUUUAUAACAUCACCAUCUCAAAAUUAUAUAAAUUAUCAGCCAAUUCAACAUUUAAAUGUGUUUCAUGGCUAUUAAACUAAACAAUGUAAUUUUACAACAGACUAUUUAAAAAUUUUUGUGUGAUCUCGUAUAACAUAUAAAUUAGGUUCAUAGGUAUCACAAAAGAGAUACAAAACACCUAUAGCAAAGACUUACAGACACAAACACUCUUUUGUUCCCCUGGCAAUCAAAUCAUUAAAUAAGAACAAUCUGGUAUAAACUUUGUCACAUGUAAAUUAUGAGUGAGUCUGGUGUGAAUGUACACUUUGGUUUCUUAUAGUUAUAAUGCUUUUUUGUUUGGUGUAAUGCACAAAUUGUAAGACAAAUUUCCAUACGGACAAUAAAGAUUAUUAUUAUUAUUAUAUUAAAUCAUCCAGAAUCCAAAUGUCUUACGGCAUUCAAUGUAUACGAACUCGUUGCCGUUUACCAAGUUCAAUUCUAUUUUCGCCGUCCUUGACCCUAUUUCUGCAGUAAGUUCCUUUCGAGAGCCGUACGCUAUUCCUCUUAAAUAGUCCAGAGCGAUUAGUAAGACCAAUAAACCUCUAGGCUUAAUGAAGCCUAUCUGCAUCUGCCUGUCUGAACAAGCCUCUGUCUGAGAAAGAUCCAAACAGAGGCCAAUUUGCACAUCCCCAUUACCGAUGGCCCGUAUCCGCCAAAAAGCAGAGCCCACCUGGGAAACUCCUAUGUUCCCUCUCUGUACCGCAUCAACCGUGCAGGUGUCCGCCUUAAAAAAAAAAAGUUCCUUGGAAGAACGGUGUGUGGAUAGUGGUAUGUUUGUUUGGGGGCCUUCCUCCAUCCCCGCCUGUUCAAUGGACUCGGUCCUUAAGCACCCCAACUGUGAGAGGGGGGAGGGGGGCUAUUUUACUUUAUUAUUGGCCUAAUCGUCUUCUGUAACGACCGCCUCUACCCGAGCUCUACGCUGAGGCUGAGAAGCGUGGGCAGGGGAGCACUAUUCUAGACAUGAAUAGCAUUCACUUAGAUCUAUUUAUAGAGAUAUACACACACCAGGGAUUCCCAAACUACUACUCCCCAAAGUUUUUUUUUCUUACCGUUGCUGACCUUUUAAAUUAUUUCACAAAUUUUACUUAGACCAUCAGCUUAUCAGUUUGAAAGUUCAAUUUGAAAGUUUCAUAAAACAUCCAUCCUUCCCUAAUGGAUCGAUUGUGGCAUAGUCCAACGGUACUCAAAGCCAAAGGCGUAGCUAGUGAGGGGGAGAAUUUGAAAAUCCCCCCCGAGGGCCCCCAAAUGAGUGUUUUUUACAGUAAAUAUUAAGCCACAUGCAGGGGCCCCCAAAAAGUUUAAGCCACCACGGCCCCCAAAUGAUGUCUAAUUCCUAGCUAGGCCACUGCUUAAAGCAUUGAACUUAAAUAUUUGUCGUUGACGCUCGUUGAUUUGUAGCACCAAGCUUCUGGUAAACAACUAAACCGCUGUUCUGUGGCAUUCUACGUCUCGAGAGACGAUCUUUUCCCUUUGCAACUUCUUGUGUGACUAAGGAGGCCAAUCCUUGAUACACAGCUGCGAUCGCAGGUUGGGCAUAUGUAAUCACCAGGCGCCGUUGCAUUAUCACCCUUCUUUCUGCUUCUGUUGUGUAUGACAUCUGCAAUCCGUGACCCUUCCUUUAUGCUCUCUCCCCAUGUGGAUCUGUCCAGUGCCACCUCUUCCCAGUUGCCAGUGUCGAUUUUGAAGAGCUUCAUGUCGCGUUUGCAUUCAUCCAUAUAACGUAAAAGUGGGCGACCAGCGGCUCUCCUGCCUUCUAUUAGAUCGCCAUACAGGAUGUCCCGUGGAAGUCGACCUACUGGCAUUCUACGAACGUGGCCAAGCCAGCCAAGGCGUCUGCUGCUGAUAACAGAGCGGAUGUCCUGGCACCCUGCUCUUCGUAGCACUUCCUCGUUGGUUAUCUUAUCCUGACACCUUAUUUUAAAGAUCCGCCUUUAGGCAUCGGAGGUGGAAGACAUUCAGUUUUUUUAUAGAUACACCGCUGUAGGCGUAUUAUAUUCUAUAACCUCUUUAUGAACGAAACUGAAUAAAGCUUGUAUGAAAAUAUAUAGACACAUUCAACUUGAGAUGAAAUUAAAUAAAAUUAUUUUGAAUGAAAAUAACAAUAAAAACACGUCUUCACACUCUGGCAUCAUGUAGCUUACGACAGCGCCGCUUACCUUGCAUCAUUCAUCCUGUUUAGCCAUCAACCAAUCGCUAACUUCUCACCGUCACCAUAGAAACACACACACUUACACACGCAUGUUCCAUAACAAUACUAUUGAAGGGAAUCCUUAAAAAGAGAACCUUUUCUCGGCAGGCUUUGCAAUGUCACGAAUAGGCUCUGAACCUAAUGUGUGCGUGUAUGUAUACAUAUGUGUGUGUAUGUAUACAUAUGUGUGAUUGUAUGUAUACAUAUGUGUGUGUAUGUUGUGCUUGCAUUAAGUUUCUUGUGUGUCAAUUUAAAUUCUGAAUACAUCGGUAUCAAGUGAGCAAAGAGGCAGAAUGUUAACUUUAAUGAUGUCCUCCAUAAAAAUGUCCUAUCUUCAUCCUUAACCACAUCCUAAAUGAAGACAUUGUCCCACACAAAGUCCUCUUCUGGUGUCCUCGCCUAAAGUCCUCUAGUUAUGUCCUCAAGUGUUCAUCUUUUUAUGUCCUCUUAUACCCUUAUUACCUGUACAUAAUGUCCUGUUGAUGUCCCCGACAUAUUUUCUAUAGCUAUGUCCUGCCGAGUUCCUUUCCCGAUUUCCUCUACUUAAAUCAUGUGAUCAACUUAUGUCCUCUACUUAAAUCAUGUGAUUGACUUAUGUCCUCUGCUUACGUCUUCUACCAGUGUCCUCUUUCUGUCACCAUGACGACAUAGUCUGCAUGUCUUCUUUAUUUCUUCUGACACCAGAGAUUUAUUUUUAGGUCGUGAGUUUUUGUUCUCGGCCUGAUUCCUGCCGGAACUUUGAUAAACAGUGCACUAGGACCCGACCUUUGAGUAUUCACAAGCAGCUCUCUCUCAUUCUUCUUCUUCUUCUAGCCAGCUUUAUUGCUGCUGAGCUGUCAGCUCUUUUGCAGACUGUGCCAAGGAAAAAAAAAGUGUGCUGUUUUCUUCAGUUGUUCAGCACUGCCGUACAGGGUGUUGGUUAUGUUGGGCUGUAGUGGAAGUAGGGUCUGCCCAAGGUGGAUUAGGGAGGGGCAUCUCUCUCUCAUAAGUCUCAUCUGCUCUCUCUAGCUCCCUAUCAUUCUGUCUAAUAUAUCUAAAGAAACUAACGAAUAAUUGUAAUUCCUGCUACAAAUUAAUUGUUGGUACCCAGGUCCACUGCUACAGCUAUGCCCGAUUAAUUUCUGAACACUUGCAUUGUCUUGCAAGCUUACCAGCCAUUUCCAGGUCAGGGCAUAUGCGUUUGCUGCCCUAACCUUUCUGGACGUCAAAAUUUAGUGGCCAUCUGCCAAGUAUAUUUUGGGAGGGGGGAAAGAGGCAUAACUCUUCUUUAUUUCAUGUGCCCCAAUGUUUGAAAAUACUAUUUUCUCCCUUUAUGGCAGCGGUUAUCAACCUUUAAUGCUCGGCGACCCCUUUUUACAAUCCACCACUCUUCCGCGACCCCAGCACAUACACACAUACAGCAAUAGAAGAAUAGACAACAACAAUCCUUAUUUUCGAUGGUCUUAGGCGACCCCUGGCAAAUCGUCAAUCCACCCCCAAGGGGGUCGCGACCCACAGGUUGAGAACCCCUGCUUUAUGGUAUCAUUUUUUUGUAUAUAUUAUGUUUGAUAAAAGUUGUGUACAUUCGAAGGUAGCCCAAGCGUUUUUUUAAGUAAUACAAUGUGUUUCAUUAUGUUGAUGUCUGCUCUCUGUGAUUUUAUAUUUAUUAUAUAUGGUUGUGAUUUGGAUUUUAUAUUCCUAUUAUUAUAUAUGUAAAAGGAAGUAUAAUUUUUUUAUUGUUUGAUAAAAACAAACAACUCAAUAAAUGUUUGUUGUCAGAGGAUUUGUAGUUAAAAUGAAAAUGAAAACAGAGAACAGUGAGUCUCGUAAUUUUUACAAAGUUUAUAACAACUCACUCCGUCUGUCUGUCUGUCUGGUAAAAAGUUUGAACAUGUUUUUUUUCUCCCAUUUCCCAUUCUCAGAUCAAGUCAAAACUUUGCACAAUUAUUCAUUGAAUCUGACAAGACAUGAA